UUUGUUCUCGUUCGUAGGUUUGAGUGAUAGUCGUAAAAUCCGAGCUAAUGGGGAAAAUGUCGCAAGACGAUUCUGACCAAGAGAAGCUCUUGGACACGGCAUUGAGCGAAGUGAAAAGUCAAGCCUUUCAGAUGAAACGAUGCUUGGACAAAUCAAAGCUGAUGGAUGGACUCAAGCACGCAUCGAACAUGCUCGGCGAACUCCGUACUUCCCUUCUGUCCCCUAAAACGUACUACGAACUUUACAUGGCUGUUACCGACGAGCUGAGGUACUUGGAAACUUACCUGACGGACGAGUUCCAGGAAGGGAGAAAAAUUGCAGACUUGUACGAGCUAGUUCAGUAUGCCGGUAACAUCAUCCCCAGGCUCUAUCUCCUAAUCACCGUCGGGCUCGUGUACAUAAAGACGAAGUGUCAUUAUAGGCGAGAUAUUCUGAAAGAUCUGGUGGAAAUGUGUCGAGGGGUUCAGCAUCCCCUGAGGGGCUUGUUCUUGAGAAAUUACUUGCUGCAAGUGACGAAGAACGUUUUACCCGAUGGCGAUUUGGAUCCGAAUUCUCCGGAUGAAGGCCAAGGUAGUCUUCUGGACUCCAUCGACUUCAUUUUGAUCAACUUUUCCGAGAUGAACAAGCUGUGGGUCAGAAUGCAGCACCAAGGCCAUAGCAAAGAUAAAGAAAGAAGGGAAAAGGAGCGCUUGGAGCUGAAGAUUCUGGUAGGAACGAACCUGUCCGUGUUAUCUCAGUUGGAUGGGAUAAAUAUGGAAAGGUACAAGCAGCAAGUGCUGCCUGCUAUUCUGGAGCAAGUUGUGAGCUGUCGAGACUACAUUGCUCAGGAAUACCUCAUGGAGUGUAUUAUUCAAGUAUUCCCUGACGAGUUUCACCUGGAGACCUUGAACAAUUUCCUGAAGGCGUGUGCCGAACUUCUGGCAUCUGUCAACGUGAAGAAUAUUCUCAUCAGUUUGCUGAACCGACUCGCGGCAUUUUCUCAAAAAUCAGAUGCCGCUGGAAUCCCACAAAAUGUGCACUUGUUCCAGAUUUUCUCUGAACAGGUCGCAUUGAUCAUUGAAGCUCGCCCGGACAUGCCUCCCGAUCAUAUUGUCUCUUUGCUGGUGUCCCUCGUGAACAUGGCGCAGAAGUGCUAUCCGAAUCGAAUGGAUUACAUCGAUACAGUUUUGGAAAGUGCUAGAGAAGUUGUUAAAAAAUUAUCAAUGUCGAAGGUGGAGUUUCAAAGUCCGGUUGGGCAGCAGCUGGCGGCUUUGCUCCAAGUUCCGAUUGCGAGCUACAGUAUUCUUGUGGUGCUAAAGUUGAAGAACUACGUUCCCCUGCUCGAAGUUUUUGACUACAGGGGGAAGAAGGAGAUAGCCGUGUAUGCUGUUAGUACACUCCUUGAGCAGGAAACCGAGAUUGAAACGGCGAGUGAUGUGGAUCAGCUGUUGACGUUGAUAAACCCCUUGAUUGCUGAUCCUAGUGGUGAGGAUGAAAUCAUCGCUCUCGCAGAGGAAGACAAGGAAGAAUUCGAGGAAGAACAAGGCCUUGUUGCGAGGCUCGUCCACUUCUUCAAAGUUCCUGAAGACUCGUCGCCAGAUAAUCAGUACCAUGUGCUGAAUUGUGCAAAGAAGCAUUUUGGCACCGGAGGGAACCGUAGAAUCAGGUACACGUUACCACCACUGGUCUUCCAGGCCUAUCAACUGGCAUUUCGCUACAAAGCCAUACAGGAGGAGGAUGAGAAAUGGGAGGCCAAGUGUGAGCGCAUUUUCCAGUUCUGCAGGAGUAUCAUCAUUGCUCUGCUGAAGGCCGGAGAAGAGCAUUGUCCAGCUGAUGUACCUCUCCGUCUAUUCCUCCAAGGAGCCCUGGCAGCGAGUGAACUCAAUUUUGAGAAAUCGGAAACUGUGACCUAUGAAUUCAUCUCAGAAGCUAUGACAAUUUAUGAGGAAGAGAUCUCUGAAUCCAAAGUGCAGCUGCAAGCGAUCACGUUGAUGAUUGGCACCCUGGAAAGAAUCAACUGUUUCGGGGCGGAAAACCACGAAACUUUGCGCAAAAAAUGCGCUUUGAGUGCUGCGAAGCUCCUGAAGAAACCGGAUCAGUCCAGGGCCAUGUGCUUGUGUGCGAAUUUAUUCUGGUCUGGAAAGGCGAAGGAAGGUGAACCUGCUGCUUUGAUGGAUGGAAAAAACGUGAACGAGUGCUUGAAAAAAGCUUGGAAAACUGCUGGGAGCUGCAUGGACAAAGGUGUACAAGCCCAAUUGUAUGUGGAGACGCUGAACUCCACUGCUUACUUCUUUGAAAAGGGCAACGAAUUGGUGGGAGUGGAGCAGUUGAACCAGUCGAUCAAGCGAAUCAGAGAAGAGUUGGGUCAAGUGGACGCUGGAGACGAGACAGAUCUGAUCCAGCGUCACCUCAGUAACACUCUGGAACACAUGAGGAUCCGGGUUGAUUCUCAGGAAGAAAGCCUCCGGUCUUAUGCUGGGAUUGAGCUAAAUUGCGUGCCAGUUAUGUCAAAAACCGGGUCUCUGGCAUUGUACAAGCAUCUUUUGAGACAGUGUGAUAAAUUACCAGAGAGCACUCGUCCUUAUUACAAGAACUUCGUUAGGCAGGGCUUCACGCAACAUCGUGACGAGGCAGAUCCGGAAAGAAUCCGAGAAAUCGUCGAACGGUCCUACAAAGACGGAGAAUGGAUUGUUCAAAAGGUUGGAGCGCUUGAGACUUUACUUAGCGUUGGCGCUCUGCGUGAGACCUUGGAACUUCUUAUCGCUUAUUUUUCCUCCGUAGUACAACCGGUCAUGAAGCAGAAGUUUGCCACGGCAGUGACCAUCCCGGAGAAUGUGAAACCGUCCAGAAGGUUUUUCUCGGCAUUAGCUAUCUGGAUCGGUAAGCCGAAUGUGGUGAACAAGCGAGUUGGUGGAACGAUUGAGGAAGGUAGGUUCAGCGUAAGGAUUCAAUGUUUCAAGGACCUCGAGGACAACGCGAGGAACUUGCAAAAAUGUUUGUCUCUCCGAAACUUUCACUCGGAGAACUCCAAGUUGGUCGAGGAAAUGCUACCGAUGUGUGGACCCGAACCCGGCAGAUCAGUUGAAGUAGUUUGCAGAAGGUUUAUCCCCAGGGGAUCAGUUUAUGCACAAGUUCUGGAAUAUCUCUUUAUUGAUCAUGUGGGAUCUGCUUGUUUAUUCAUCCCCGUUGAGUCACCUGGUGAUUCAGAAUUGCGAACUGACAUCAACACCAUGCAUCCCUAUGCCUUCAAACUUUCCAAAAAUGGGAAGCUUGUUUUGAUGCUCUGCUCUGGGCAAAACCAAGGAUACGAAUUCAUCUCAGGAAAAUUGUUCUCGAAGAUGGUUAACUGGAUUUCAACUGGAGCCCCCAUGAUGAGUGAUGUUGAUUUAGUCGCCGUGCCUUCUUCGUUGCUCCUAGUUGACGUGGUGGAUUAUUACUUGAAUUACGAAAGACUGAAGAAAACGUACGCUCCUGCGUUAAAAAAGGUCGUGUUCAUUGGAUCAAACGCUCAGAAGGACAUUCAUGAAGAGAUAGGAAUAGCUGCUUACUUGGUUUCGUUCUGGAAUAAACGUUUCCCGGGAAAGAAGCCAUCUUUUGUAGAUCUUGGCUGUGGGAAUGGUAUUCUCCCUCACGUUCUCUACUUCGAAGGCUAUCCAGGAUUUGGAGUUGAUCUCAGGAGUAGGGAAAUGUGGAAUUUUUUGGAGAAUAGUAAUCUUUAUUUGAAGGAAGAAGUAGUGACACCGCGUUCAAGUUACCCAAAUGUUGACUGGGUGAUCGGAAACCAUAGUGAUGAGUUGACCCCCUGGAUUUCCGUGAUCGCUUUCAAUUCGUCACCGGAAACCAACUUUUUUGUUCUUCCCUGUUGCCCGUUUGACUUCAAUGGGAAGUUUUCACGGGGUACGAAUCCGUCCCAUUUCGGAGAAUGCGACUCUUGGACUAACUCUGUGUAUUCCUCCUACAAGCAUUAUUUGUGCGAAAUUGGAAAGGAAUGUGGGUUUGACGUGUUGACUGACCGCCUGAGGAUCCCGUCGACGAAAAGAGACUGCUUUUUGGGACUGGCAACCCAGGGAAACCGAGAAGAGACCAAGAGGCAUGUUGUGGAGCUUAUGAACCUUGGAAGUGCCGCUACGAGCUUCACGCCGAGAGAUAAAGCUAUUCCUGUGAGGAACUGUACCAAAAUAGACCCCGCAAUCGUCAGUUUGGUCGUGAAGACAGUUUCGGAGCUGUUGCUCAAUUCCUGUCGUCCUGCAGUGCAUUCUAAAUCGGAUGCAAGGUGGGGUGCCGGUGGGACAGUGUCUUUGAUCGAAAUCGUCAAUGCUCUUCCCGGAGAUGUCCUGCAGACCUUGAAGGACCAGUGUGGUGGAUUACAGACUCUGAUUAGGAACCAGCACUUCAUUUUCAAAGUUGUGCAAGGCUGGGUUGAAUUCAAACGGCCGACACCUAGACAGAAAAGUGACAAUGUGCCUUGGAAGACACAAUUUUGUUGGUUCAAGAUGAACCAUCCUGACGGAUGUCCGUUGGAGGACGACCAGAAAAUCAUGAUGUUCAGUGACAUAUGGACCGCGAGGCCGUUCAACAACCAGUACAGGUGUUAUUCGAUUUCCAUGUUCCCUGGGAAAGAACGAGCGCAUGUUGACAAGGGCGGGAAGAUCAUCAUGCCACCCUCAGCCCUGGACCAGUUGUCACAACUGAACAUCUCCUAUCCGAUGCUCUUCAAGCUGACGAAUGAAUCUGCGGACCGAGUUACUCACUGUGGUGUUCUGGAGUUUGUCGCUGAAGAAGGGAAACUCUACAUGCCGCACUGGAUGAUGCAAAACCUGUUUUUGCAAGAAGGAGAGUUGGUGCGCGUUCAGACUGCUACUCUGCCGAGGGCGACUUUCUCGAGGUUUCAGCCAUUGGCCUUGGGAUUCUUGGAAGUUACGAAUCCGAAAGCUGUUUUGGAGAACGCUCUGAGAAACUAUGCUUGUCUCACCGCGGGCGAUGUCAUCGCAAUUCACUACAACGAGCAUGUUUAUGAGAUUUCUGUGUUGGAAACGAAACCUGCUGUUGCCGUCAGCAUCAUUGAGUGUGACAUGAAUGUGGAGUUCGCUCCUCCUUUGGGUUAUGAUGAGGAUCUGAGACCUUUGAAAGAGAGCAAAGGUCCCCUUACCAAAGCUUCUCAAGAGGCCGUAGCUGCGGCAGCUUUACGCAAAGUCUCUCUUGUGCCAGAGGCCGCUAAAACCUCGGAUUUCAAGUCGUUCACUGGCCAGGGCCAACGUUUAGUGAACCGCAAAACCGUCGACGUGGAAAUGGAUGAAGAGUCUUCAGCGGAGCCUGACACUCAAGCAGGUGUACCCGACUUCGAGUGGAAGUUCGGAACGUUGAAAUUCAUGCCCGGCGUGAUUCUGGAGUAUCCUGACCAGGUCAAGGAUACGGAUGCAGAAAAUGCCUUCAAAGCUUUCAGUGGGUCGGGACAAACGCUGAAGCCGAGCGAGCAGGAUUAG